GGGAUGCAGAAUACUUUAUAAAUCAUUAUUAAGAAAGUGGUUUUCAUAUAACUCAAACCUUUGUGAGCGGGAAACUUUGAUACGGAAAUAAAAAAAAAACCUAAACCGGCGAUGAAUAUGCAAGUUAUUGCAUGACGUGCUGGCAACAUCGUUGAUGAUCACGGACAAUAAAACAGAUGUAACGGAUCACCGAACAAUCGUUCAACUAAAUGCAAAAAUCAUGAGAGUUGUUUAUGCAUAAAAACUCACGACAUCGAAGACACGAGAUACAAACUAUGGCUGUUCCCCUACGCUCUUUGUACCCUCAUCAGUGAUUAUGUUAAAGAUUUUUGCCAGCGGACUGAUCUGUGUGUUCAUAGUCUUAACGGCAGAAAGAUGUUGUGGCUUGCAAAUGGUUGGAAGUUGCACAUUUCCAGUCUACAUAGACAAGGCUCGACAAUGUACAACGGCAUUUAUAACAGAACUGCAGACAGAUCCAUCAGUGGAUUGCAAAGUUAUUUAUAGCAGGAUGGUUGAAUGCACGAAGGAUUUUGUCAGAGAGUGUGUGAAGGAUCACGGGGCAGAAAAUGAAAUAGAGGCAUUUUUAAACGAGGCAGCCCAGCAACUUAAAUCUGAAGACUUCUACUGUAAUGAUGGGUUGUUUUCCGCACCAGUUCUAACGGACGAAAAGAAGAAAGAGAUCCCAUGCAAUGAAACGUUCUACAAUGAAUCUCGAGAUUGUGGAGAUACAUUUCAAACAAAAUUUAGGAGCAACAGAGCAGAUGAAACACUUUGCAAAGAAUUUGCGGACGCUAAGGUAUGCUUGAAAAAAGCAGUAGACGUACAUUGCCAAUUUGAUGAAGAUGCCGCAGAAAUUUUGCAGUCUGCAUUUGAUGACUACAAUCCGUUCUGUAGUGUUUCCUUGGGUGAAGAAGGAGAGCCGAGUGAAGAUGGUUACUCUAUCCCAGAUGGCCAGUCCAAUGAGCAGGUACUUGAUGCCAUUGGUCGGUGUUCCGUGAUCGCACAACUAAACAGAACCCGACAAUGUAUUACUCUUUUUGUAAGGAGUUUGCAGGCGGAUCCACAAGGAAACUGCAGCGUGAAAUACGUCAACAUGCAAGAUUGUAUAGUUUGCAUGCUUCGUUCCUGUCUUGAGAAGUACGGCAUCAUCGCAGACGCCGAUAUUGAAGUACAAGUAGAACAAUCUCUCAAUCAAACACAACCUGAGGAUUUCUACUGCCAAGGCUUGUUAGAGGCACCAAAAGUCUCUUCUUCGGACGAUCAUGAACAUCUUGAGUGUGAUCCAGGUUUCCACGAGGAAGAAGUAAAAUGUUUGAAGGAGUUCGAUGAAACGUUUCAAGCCAAUGUCUCGGAUCCAAGUCUUUGCAGCAAAUUCACCGAGUCUAAGAGGUGCCUCAGAGAUCUUAUUACAACACGCUGUUCUAACGGGAGUAGAACGUCUUCCCUUGAGUUUGCUCUGGUGUUCGAUGAUUUCAAUCCUUUCUGUCAAGGAAGCGUAGAUCAGCAAGAUGAUGCGUCCACCCCUUCCCCAGAAGAAUUCAGCGAUCCAUGUUUAGCUGAAUUUCCAGCGGCAAGUUUACUGAAAUCAGCAGCAGCAACCUUAUCCCAAUCUCUCUGUUUAUCAUUUGUGAUCAUCGCAUAUUUUAUUGUUACUCUCAGUGACUUGUUUCAAGAAGAAAAAGUUAUUAUUUAACAACAUUUGACCGCAUCCACUGGGAACAGUUUUUGAGGUUAUCUUGAAGGUUGAAAGUUGAAGUUUGUAGUUAAAGUCACCGUCUGAACCAUUCGUACGUCAGAUAACAUUAAUUUAUGUGGACGAGUGGUACACCACUUUAGCGCAGCUUGAUAAUCACUGUCUCAUUAGACACAAGCACAUUCGGUGAUCCUCUUUUGCUAGUCUUGUUACGCUUCCAUUCACUCUAACACCAUAUCUACAGCUCUAUUCCACACAAUUGUGCAAAAAA